ACCCACGGGCCCACCACCGUGCCCGUGUGGGGCGCGCUGGGCGGCAAAGCACAAAGGCCAAAAAAAACAGGAGCAGUGCACUCCCCGCUUUUCAUGGCGUGAGCGCCGGGGCAAGGCAAGUAGCCGCUGCCCGCUGCCGCCACCUGACCCCACGACCCAACCCAACCCGACGCCGUCACAGACGCCCCACGACGGAACGGAAAGGUACGGUCAACCCACCCCACCCCACCACGGCAGGGUGGAUAAACAACCCAAGCACCCCGCCGUUCCCUUCCUCGCCCCACCUCUCCCGUCUCCGGUCUCCCCCUCGGCUCGCUUGUCCACCAGCACCCUCCCGCCUCCCCCUCCUCCACGCGUACGCCGCGUGGCCUGGAAGAAACAGCACGAGGGACGCUUCGAGCUCGGGGCGGGCGCUCUGAUCCGCGGCCCGUGUGUCCCGGGUGGAGUGGCAAGCGGCGCCGACUCGGCGGAAUGGAUAGCUUGUAGCGGCAAUUGCUUUUGCAUAUACACUUUCCAUUGCUGCUAUCAUUUCAAAGGAGGUACUGGCAUAGUCCCUCGGACUUUGUAUGCCUUAUUAUCUGGCACUGGCUUCCGUAGAUGUCAUUUCGUAGCAUAGUCCGUGAUGUUAGGGAUGGCUUCGGCAGCUUGUCAAGGCGGAGCUUUGAGGUGACCCUGGCAAGCAUUUAUGGCCUUACUGGAAAUCACAAAGGGAAGACCCAGAGCUCACAGCAUGAGCUCAACGACUCAGCUUCCAUAACCCCAGAAAGCUGUUGGGCGAGCCUACCUCCUGAACUCCUCCGUGAUGUCAUACGGAGACUGGAGUCUGACGAGAGUACCUGGCCAUCCCGGAAGAAUGUCGUUUGCUUUGCAGCUGUUUGUAGGACAUGGAGGGAAAUGUGUAAAGAUAUCGUGUUGAGCCCAGAGUUUUGUGGGAAGCUUACCUUCCCCGUGUCUCUUAAGCAGCCUGGUCCUCGAGAUGGAAAUACAAUGAUUCGGUGUUUUAUAAAGAGGAAUAGGUCAAAAUCCACCUAUCAUCUUUACCUGUGCGUUAGCAACGUUGUCACUGCAGAAAAUGGGAAAUUCCUUUUAUCAGCUAAAAGACACCGCAAGACCACUUGCACAGAGUACACUAUCUCAAUGGAUGCUGACAUCUCAAGAUCGAACAGAACAUACAUUGGGAAACUGAGGUCAAACUUCCUUGGCACAAAAUUUUUAAUUUAUGAUACACAGCCCCCUUAUAAUGAGGCUGUUGUUCCUCCUGUUGGAAGGACCAGCAGGAGGUUUAACUCCACGAAAGUCUCUCCAAAGUUGCCUUCUGUUAGUUACAACAUAGCUCAGGUGACGUAUGAGCUAAAUGUCCUUGGCACUAGAGGUCCUAGGCGGAUGCGUUGCAUCAUGCACUCCAUACCUGCGUCGUCAGUGGAGCCAGGUGGCGUAGUGCCUGGCCAGCCUGAGCAAAUUGUGCCUCGAGCAUUUGAGGACUCAUUUCGCAGCACCGGUUCCUUCUCGCAGUCAUUCCGUAGCACUACCUCAUUCUCCAAGUCCAUCAUGGACCGAUCCAUGGAUUUCAACAGUGCUCGCUUCUCUGACAUUGCUGGUGGGUCAAUGGGUGGCGUCGAGGAUGGUGAGAUCAAGGAGAGACCAUUGGUGCUCCGUAACAAGCCCCCCAGGUGGCAUGAACAGCUGCAGUGCUGGUGCCUCAACUUCCGUGGCCGUGUGACGAUUGCCUCGGUGAAGAAUUUCCAGCUGAUUGCUGCGACAAGCCUGCCACCUGCAGGUGCUCCAACCCCUUCGCAGCCUGGUCCAUCAUCAGAUCCUGACAAGGUCAUUCUUCAGUUUGGGAAAGUGGCAAGGGAUAUGUUCACAAUGGACUAUCGCUAUCCUCUCUCGGCUUUCCAGGCAUUCGCUAUUUGUUUGAGCAGCUUUGAUACAAAGUUGGCCUGUGAAUAAAUGGAGAAAAGAAAGGUAAAAGAGCACAGAUUGCUGGCAUUAGGUCCCUAGUAUAUCUUUGCAUUUCACUGUCGUGUUACCUUGGUUGUAAUUGUGCUUGCCGUAGCCUUGAACUGAACAUAAAUGGAUGCAUGUAUUGUUGGCCCCUCUCUUCCGUGAUUAUGAGUUCCCUUUGGAUCUGUAAUAUACAUGCAGUGGCAUUGCCACAUGAUAAGAAAGUGUCGACUUGCAUCAUUUCAGAAA